AUGGCUGACGCUGCUCCCCGUGGACGUGGUGGUUUCGGUUCGCGCGGCGACCGUGGUGGUGACCGUGGCCGUGGUCGUCGUGGCCGUGGCCGCCGUGGUGGAAAGCAGGAGGAGAAGGAGUGGCAGCCCGUCACCAAGCUCGGUCGUCUCGUCAAGGCCGGCAAGAUCACCAGCAUGGAGCAGAUCUACCUCCACUCUCUGCCCAUCAAGGAGUACCAGAUUGUGGACUUCUUCCUCCCCAAGCUGAAGGAUGAGGUUAUGAAGAUCAAGCCCGUCCAGAAGCAGACCCGUGCCGGUCAGCGUACCCGCUUCAAGGCCAUCGUCCUCAUCGGUGACGGCGAGGGUCACAUCGGUCUCGGUAUCAAGACCUCCAAGGAAGUCGCCACUGCCAUCCGUGCCGCUAUCACCAUUGCCAAGCUGGCCGUCCUUCCCGUCCGCCGCGGUUACUGGGGUACCAACCUCGGUGAGCCUCACUCUCUGCCCGUCAAGCAGUCCGGCAAGUGUGGUUCCGUCGCUGUCCGUCUCAUUCCCGCUCCCCGCGGUACCGGUCUCGUUGCCUCCCCCGCCGUCAAGCGUCUGCUCCAGCUCGCCGGUGUCCAGGACGCCUACACCUCCUCUUCCGGCUCCACCAAGACCCUCGAGAACACCCUCAAGGCCACCUUCGUCGCUGUCGUCAACACCUACGGCUUCCUCACCCCCAACCUCUGGAAGGAGACCAAGCUCAUCCGCUCCCCUCUUGAGGAGUUCGGUGACGUCCUGCGCCAGGGCAAGAAGUACUAG